AUGCCCAACUAUGUGAAGUUUUUGAAGGAUAUUCUAACUAAGAAGAGGAGGCUUGGUGAAUUUGAAAUGAUGGUGUUGACUGAAGGUUGUAGUGCUAUAUUGAAGAAUAAAAUUCCUCCUAAAUUGAAAGAUCCGGGCAUCUUCACAAUUCCUUGUUCUAUUGGUGGUAGAGACGUUGGGAGAGCACUUUGUGACUUGGGGGCUAGUAUCAAUUUAUUGCCCAUGUCAAUUUUAAAGAAGUUGGGGAUUGGAGAAGCAAGAUCAACCACAGUCACUUUGCAAUUAGCGGAUUGCUCUAUGGCACACCCGGAAGGAAAAAUUGAAGAUUUACUUGUGCAAGUUGAUAAAUUCAUUUUUCCGGCUGAUUUCAUCAUCCUUGAUUAUGAAGCGGAUAGAGAUGCUCCUAUUAUCAUGGGCAGGCCAUUUCUAGCUACCGGGAGGACCUUGAUUGAUGUACAAAAAUGGGAGCUUACUAUGAGGGUGAAUGACCAACAAGUGAAUUUCAAUGUGUUCAAUGCUAUGAAGUUUCCAGAUGAGAUUGAGGAAUGCUCUAGGCUGAGUGUAAUUGAGUUUAUCGUCGAUGAAAAAUUCCACAAGGAAGCUUUUAAAGAUGGAGUGGGGGUGAGGUCACUUGAAGAGCUUGAAGACUUAAGUGAAGAGGAAGAAAGCCAAGUUAUAUGGGUGGAGUCAAAGCAGCCCUUUGCUAAAUUUAGGAGGCCAUUUGAGUCAUUGAACUUGUCAGAAAGGAAUUUUAAGCCUCCUAAGCCCUCUAUUCAAGAGCCACCAAAAUUAGACUUGAAGCCAUUGCCUAGUCACUUGAAAUAUGCUUAUUUGAGAGACAAUGAGACUUUGCCUGUGAUUAUUUCAGCCAUGUUAGGAGCUGAAAAAAAGCAAUUGCUGCUGGCUGUUUUGAAGAAAUAUACAAAGGCCAUUGGUUGGACCAUGGCAAAUAUCAAGGGUAUAAGUCCCUCAUUUUGUAUGCAUAAAAUUCUGUUGGAGGAUUGCUAUAAUAAUUCUGUUGAGCAGCAGUGA